AUGACCUGCAGCCGUCAACCCCCAAGCCUGGCCCUCAUGUCCCUCCUGCUGGCUGUGGUGCUACCUGGUGCAGUCCAGGCUGCGGAGAUCGUGGGCGGGCGCGAGGCGCAGCCUCACUCGCACCCCUACAUGGCAUCCCUGCAGAUUCGCUCCCCCAGGGGCAGCCACUUCUGCGGAGGCACCUUGAUCCACCCGCGCUUCGUGCUGACGGCCGCGCACUGCCUGCUGAAUAGGGACAUCACCACUGUGAAUGUGGUGCUCGGGGCCCACGACCUGCAGAGCCCCGAGGCCUCCCAGCAGAGAUUCAGCAUCGUGCGCACGUUUGCAAACGACUACGACCCAGAGUUGCAUCUCAACGACGUGCUCUUGGUGCAGCUGGACCACCCGGCCAGUCUCAGUGCCCAAGUAGGGGUCGCCCAGCUCCCCCAGCAGAACUACGUGGUCCCCCAUGGCACCCAGUGCCUGGCCAUGGGCUGGGGCCGUCUGGGCACCCGGGCGCCGCAGCCCCGGGUCCUGCAGGAGCUCAACGUCACCGUGGUCACCUUCCUGUGUCGGGAGCACAACGUCUGCACAUUCGUGCCUCGCCGCACCGCGGGCAUCUGCUUCGGCGACUCCGGAGGCCCCCUCAUCUGCGACGGGGUCCUGCAGGCCGUGGACUCCUUCGUCAUCCGGCAGUGCGCCAGCCACCAGUACCCCGACUUCUUCGCCCGCGUGUCCUUCUACGUGGCCUGGAUCCGCUCUGUGCUGGACAGCGGAGGGGCCGGCUCCGACUCGCCCGCCAGCACCUCGGGCUCCCUGGGGUCCCACGAAACCUCGACAGGGGGGCACCGAGGCUGA